AGAAAGGACACUAUCUUUCUCCAGUGGAGUGAAAAAUGGAGCAUAACCAAGCAGUGGAUGGACUUCUCAGCCUGUUUUCUAAAGCUAAUCGUGACCUAUCCACCGUCCAUAACAAGCUCCAUAAGGAAUUCCAGCAAGUCUACCCCGACAAUGCAAAUCCCAUGAAGCUGGUGGCAAGGUUGAAAAAAAUUGAAGAAGAAAUGUCAUCCUUGAAGGACCAGUGCCGCGAGCUUCUUGCCGCAAAACAGGAUUUGAUUGAUAAAGCCAGAACACUCUUAGUCGGAAACAGGACAUUGCUGCAGAGGUUGCAAGUGUCCUCUGGUGCACCUGUCACAAGCGAUGCUGAUGAUCCUGCUUUUGCGAGCUUCAAUCAGAUUAUUGAUGAGUGGACGCUUCAGGUCAAAUCCAGAACAGAGGACGAGGAGGAGCCAGGCUCUGACGAUAUCAACCAGUUGUUAUUCUCGGCAAUUGUCCAAAGCAACUGAAUGGUUCCUGUGUCUUCAAAGUUUACUUAAGCAGCCCCAAUCAUUACCUUUAAGCCUGGAAUGCCUAAAGCUGAAAGUAUCUUUUUGGACAUAAUCUCUUGGAGAACAUCCAACUUCAAGAAAAUGUCUUGGCCUUUGGAGUAGCUACUACCAAAACAAGCUCUGGAUAUUACGUCCCCGGAAAAUCUCUUCAUACAGUGAUCCACACCGAUUUCCACAACUGCGCCACCUUCACUCUCAACUUUAUGCUUCCAUGAAUCUUCUAGUGCGAAACCCGACUCAGUAAUUAUGCUCAUCAUACCCUACAUCAUGAACGGAUGUUAUUUUAUAAGAGUGGAUAAUUCUUAGGUGGUCUUGCAGCUCUAAAUUUUGAGACAAUUAUAAUUGUUCAUUUAUUGGACUCCAUGCAAAGAUUACAUAUAAAUUGAUAUAAAUUGAUGUGAUUGUUAAGGACUCUUGAUAGAGAGCUUAAAGCUAUAAAAUCCAGGCCCACAUGAGUAUGAUGUGGGAU